GUACUUUGCCUGGCUGCGGCAAACGGGACAGGCGGGGCGGCGGCGGCGGCCGUUUUCCUGAGGGGAAAAAGAGGAGGAGGAGGAACCGGGAAGCCGCCGCCUCUCCUCCUGCUCCUCCUCCUCCUCUUCCAGGAGGGCGGCCGGCGCAGGGCCCGUCCCUCGUCGGCGGCCGUGCGGCUUCGACAGCGGCAGGGAUGGCAUCGCUGAGGCCGGGCGGCUGGGGCCAGCGGGCCUCCUCCCUCGGCGGGCCGCUCCUGGCGCUGCUCAUGCUGGGCUUGGCGCAGCCCCACCACACGCCCCCCAACCCCGGUAAGCGCCGCCGCCGCCGCCGCCUUCCCUCCCUCAGUCCUCCGUCCCUCCAGCUCCUGUCUCGCUUCGGGUUUUUGUUUCCCCCACCCCGUUUUUAUAAUGCAUAUUUCCACCUCGUGUUUUUAUUUUUAUUUUUUAAAUGGCGUGGCUGAAGGGCUUGUUUCGCAAAGUUAGUUAAUAAUGCUAAAGUUAAAGGCACGGGUUUUAUUUGGGGGGGGGGGUGAGGGAAGGAAAACGGGGUGGCGCCAUUGAAAAAUGUUUCGCCUGCCCCGCCUUUCCUCUCAGGGCGAAAGGUAGGUUACAGGUUUUUAAAAUUACAUUUAUAUGCCGCUUUUCCCCCUCCCAGGAGCUCAGGGGUGGUGUACAUGGUCCUGGGCGUGGCGGGGUGGGGUGGGGUUGAGGGGACAACUAAAGUAAAUAAAUAAAAACAAAAGUUGAGAAACUGGAGAUUUUGGCAGGUUUUCCUGAGCCCUUGGGGCUAAAAGAGAGUGCUGUAUUAUCCCAUGUAUAAGACUGUAUUUUUAAACCAAAUUUUUCAAGUUUGAAAUUGAGGGUCGUCUUACACACGGAAUGUUGAAAAUAUUUAUUUCUUAAUUUUGAGCUCAAAAAAUAAGAGUCGUCUUAUACAUGGGGGCAUCUUAUACAGUGGGAUAGUGGUGCCUCGGAAGACGAAAUUAAUCCGUUCCGCGAGUCUCUUCGUCUUGCGGUUUUUUCGUCUUGCGAAGCACGGCUAUUAGCGGCUUAGCGGCUAUUAGCGGCUUAGCGGCUAUUAACGGCUUAGCGGCUUUAAGAAAAAGGAAACAAACUCGCAAGAACUCGCAAGACGCUUCGUCUUGCAAAGCAAGCCCAUAGGGAAAUUCGUCUUGCGGAACGACUCAAAAAACGCAAAACCCUUUCGUCUAGCGAGUUUUUCGUCUUGCGAGGCAUUCGCCUUGCGGGGCACCACUGUACCUCUAAUUAUGUUCACCUCCGGUUACGUAUCCUUCGGGAUACAUGGCAAACCCAGAAGUAUUUCCCCAAGUUUCGCCGCAUGCGCAGAAGCACUAAACCGCGCGCAUGCGCAGAAGCGGCACCUCUGGUUGCAAAUUCCUCGGGAUCCAACCCAAGCACUGGAACGGAUCCGGUGCCCAACCGGAGGUACCAUUGUACAGUCAUACCUCGGGUUGAAUGUGCUUUGGGAUGAGCGCGUUCGAGUUGCGCUCCAUGGCAACCCCAAAGUAACGAAGCGUAUUACUUCCGGGUAUCGCCGCUUGCGCAUGCGCAGACGCUCAAAAUGAUGUCACGUGCAUCCGCAGAAGCGGCAAAAAGCGAUGUGCGCGUGCACAGACGUCCCGUCGCUGGUUACGUUUGCUUCUAGAUGUGAACGGUGCUCCGGAAUGGAUCCCGUUCGCAUCUAGAGAUACCACUGUACACAGAAAUAUACGGUACAGUGGUACCUCGGUUUACGAACAACCCUGUUUGCGAACUACAGUGGUACCUCGGGUUAAGUACUUAACUAGUUCCGGAGGUCCGUUCUUAACCUGAAACUGUUCUUAACCUGAAACACCACUUUAGCUAAUGGGGCCUCCCACUGCCGCCGCGCCGCCACAGCACAAUUUCUGUUCUCAUCCUGAAGCAAAGUUCUUAACCCGAGGUAAUAUUUCUGGGUUAGCGGAUUCUGUAACCUGAAGCAUCUAUAACCUGAAGCGUCUGUAACCCGAGGUACCACUGUAUUCAGUUUAUGAACUCCGCAAAACUGGAAGUAGUGCCCCAGUUUGCAAACUUACCUUGGUCUACGAACAAAUGGUGGAAGGGCACUGGCAGUGUGAGACCUCAUUAGGGAAAGCGCGCCUCGGUUUAAGAAAGGCUUCGGUUUAAGAACGGACUUCCGGAACGGAUUAAGUUCGUAAACCGAGGUACCACUGUAAUUUAAAACAACGGUUGUUGAGACACAUCCUUCCCAAUCUGCUAGACAGAGCCAGGCAGAGGAUGACAGGUGGGUCUCCUGCCACCCCCCCCAAAUAAAUCCUGUCUACACCCAUGUACAUGGCUCUCCCCCCACAUCCCCACCCUGCUUCAGCCUCACAACAGCCUUGUGAGGCAGGUUGGGGCUGAGAGACAGGCCCAAGGCCACUUCAUGGAUUAGUGAAGGAUUUGAAUCCUGAUCUCAUUCCCGGCGGCCUCAACCUUGAAGUCUCUUAGUCCGGUGCUCUAACAAUUGCACCACACUAGCGCUUUGGUUGCGCCGCCCUGGGAACAGGAUGUUGGACUCAGCUGGCCUUUGCUGGAACGAUUCAGCAAGGCUUAAAAAAAGAAAAUAUUAUUACAGUCUUGUUUGUCUUCAAUGGAAGUACAGCUCACGAAAGACAAAACGGAGCAGAUUAAAAUAAAAUAAAAUAUGUUUUAACCUAGCUUUUAAAACGGAAAGCUGCCGCCGCCACCAUCAUCAUUUUGUUUUGCAUGCCACCCUUUCCCACAGUUUCAAGGUGGCUCACAGAUCUGUGUAACCACGAAUGUGACAGAAGCCAUAAACAAUAAAUAAAAUUGUGUCAGCAAGAACGCAGCCAAACGGAACAAUUUCCACAUGAAUCGUAGGAAGAGCGAAAAAUAAAGAUACAAAAAAUUUAUACGGUAUCAGUGGUGGCAACAACAUCUCCCCUCCCCUGCCGCAAACAAAACCCCAGCCCAAGACCCAGAACAAUAUCCCAACCAAAUAAGAUAACUUUGGGGGGGGGGUUGGGGGUGUGAAGCUUUAAAUAUCAUCAUAUUUAACCCACUUUCCCAUCCAAUAUUCCCACGCUACUUGGAUUUCAAAAAGUUUUGCAAUGUCUCCCUAGAUUGACUCUUCAGCCUGGCAGAUGUUAAAACAUGAUAAUUUCCACCCUUUAUUGGGCAAGGUGGUAGAGAGGGAGGUGGAAGAGCUACUGGAAUAUAUGAAUUGCCUGGAUCCAUUUCACAAUCUGGAUUCAGGCACGGUUCAGGGACUAAAUCAGCCUUGGUUAACCUUAUGGGUGACCUGUAUCAGGAAUAGGCCAGGGGAUGUCACAGACCAUGGUAUACACUGUGGGAUGGGUAUUAGAGACAAUAGAAAAAGGUCAUGUCUGGAAAGUAGCAACGGGAGACUGUUUCAACUCCAUGGACUUUGUGCUGCAGUGUACCACAAGGUAAAAUUUCCUCCCCAAUGCUGGUUUUAAAAGCCUCUGGGUGCAGCCAUUAGGAGUUUUGGGGCAGUUGCCUGUUCUGGAUGGAGUUGCACUCCUUCUGAAAGAACAGGUGCAGAGUUUAGGGGUUCUCCUGGAUUCUUCUCUGUCUCUGGAAACCUCUGGUGGCCUCAGUGGCUAGGAGAGCCUUCUACCAGCUAUGGCUGGUAUGUCAGCUGCAGCUGUUCUUGAACAGUUAUGGUCUAGCCCCAGUGAUCCAUGCAUGGGUGACCUCAAGGCUCAAGCCUUGCAAUGCACUCUAUGUAGAGGCUUCAGCUGGUGCAAAACACUUCAGCUAGACUGUUGAUUGGAACAUACUAUCACUAGCACAUAACUCCAGUGUCCAAAAUUCUGUACUGACUGCACUUGCGCUCCUAGGUUCAGGGGUCUUGUACUAAUUUACAAGGCCCUUUACAAUUUGGGCCCAGGAUACCCGAAAGACUGCCUAAUCCUCUAUAAACUUCCUGAUCAUUGAGGUCAUUUUCAGUGGUCUCCCAUGGCUCGAUACACAGCUCGUAUCCCCCAGGAGUUAUGCAUUUAGCAUUGCAGGCUUAGUUCCUUUCUGAACUUCUGGCACAUAUUGAACACAUUUUUAUUCCAGCAGGCAUUCUAAUUGAAGUUUGGUUUUAUAGUGAUUUUCAUUUUUUCAUAUUUUAUCUUUGUAAACUGCUUAGAGGCUAUUGCACUUAAGCGACAUGGUUUAAAACAAACAAAUCCUAACGUUUCUGCCAGGGACCAUCCCCACAAGUGUCUGGCUAGACAGAUUUCUCAAUGGAAAAGCAUUUUUUCACACUUACUUUAUUUAUUCAAAAGGCUAUAUCCCAUUCUUGUGCAGAUGCAUUUCUCAAGGAAGCUUACAACCAUUAAAGUGUCAUAGGCUUUGUAAAAAAUAUAAAAUAGAAACAGGCUCAGCCAAAUUCACUGUACAGUAUAAAGGUAUUUUACCCAGCAAGACAAAAGUGUGCUGGAACAGAAAAGUCUUCACCAAACAGCAGAAGACAACAAGGGAUCAGAGCCACUUGGCCAUUAGUUUCUCUUUUAAAAACUUUAGCCCGUGCUUAGAGGCCCCUAGCUCAGAGGACAUGACAUCGCCCAGUGGUCAAGCAUAUGUUUUGCAUUCAUUAGGCUGUAGUCACAGUCCCUGGCAUUAUGUUUGAUUGUUGAUGUAAAAAUAUAUUUUUGGAACAUGAUUUUUUGAGUUUGUCAUUUCUAAAGAUUAGCCAUUAUAGUCUUCUACGAUCAGCCUGCUUGACAAAUACAUCGAUUCCCAGAACAAAGGCAAGUCGUGACCCACAGCCACAUUUGGGGGUGUCAGCGAGAAAGGCAAAAGCCAGUAGCAGUCCAGUAUCACACGCACUCCAGGGAUGUUCACAACAGAGGAACAAGACAUACCAAAGAGGUGGAGUAAAGAAAUUGUUCCAAUAUCUCUGCAGUGACUGAAUGCUUAUGUGCAGCAGCCUUAUAAGCCCCUUCCUAGGCACAGCUGUUGGACAUAUGAGCUAACCAAGGAUUUGGGUCUACUUGUGAGGAAACUGCUGUGCUUGAGUAGCCCAUUACUUCUGAGGACUAAGCCAGGCACCAUGGUGUCUGGCCACAGCCUGGUACUUCACCUUCAUGUGCUGACAUCCUCUUGGGCUUGGAUGUGACUUGGCUUCCAUCUCUGCCUCUGAGCCCAUUUGCAAAGGUGUUUGGGGUUUAUAUGAUGCCUCCGAGUAUGUAAUCUGGAAAGGAUCUGUCUUUGCAGAAUUCCCAGUUCAUCAGCAACACUGGCUAAACGGUGAAGCUUUCUCUCCAUGCUUUAUCUCUCACAGACGUAUCCAGAAGACAACCCUGGGAUCUGAAAAUUGACCAGGCUUUGCUACAAAUUCAUAAUGAGUUGCUUGGUGAGAACUUAACCAUCUCCUGGAUCUCUGAUUAUUGCUACCAGGUAAUUCGUACUCAUUGAUGGGUAGGUGGGAGUUAUUGAAUGCUGCCCUAAAACUUUCACAUUUAGAAAGCAAUGAUGCAGUAUAGUUUAAUACGUCGUUAUUUUCCAGAAUCUGACAUUUCUCCCCUAGGAAAGGAGGACUGGGACUUAGGACCAUGAAAAUUAAGAGGGGCCCUCCAGGACUCAGGGUUGUGGAAGAGCACCCCUGUCAUGUACAAUUUAACAAAAUAUCUUCACGGUAAAGGAAAGAAACACACAGAAGAAGCCAGAUUUUGGCAUUAUUCCCUAUAGUUGGCUCAUUAUAGCCAUGCAGAAGCCUAGUCUCAGCUCAGUAGUUAAGACCAUGCAAGUAUGGGUACUUUCCAGAAUUUUUCCUGAUUUGCAAAAUAAAAACUGGGCAAAGAGACAUGGCAUGGGAGGGUGCUUACUCAGGAAAUUGACACUGAGAACUGAAAUGGUUUAAUUUUCUAUCCACUCCUGUGUCUGUGGCCUGCUAAUGUACUGGAGGUAGAGUGAUGGUAAAACCACGGUUUGUUGAUUUAGAGGUUGUGACAAACCACAGUUAAGCUUUGUAUUUUUUUUUUAAUAAAUAUUUAUUAAAGUUUUCACAAUAUUACAUAAUAAAAAAGAAAAAAAACAGUUAAAAACAAUUCCAUCUUUUCAUCACUUAUCUUUCAUUUACUUGUUUCCCGGACCUCCUCAUGCCUCCCUUUUUUGUAUUCCAGUUCAAUUUAUUAGUUCAGCAAUUCCUUUCCCUCCUUAUUUUAUCCUGAUCUUUAAUCUUAAUAUAUCAUAGCAUUAAAUUUUUACCUAUUAAAAAUCCAAUUUUUCCAUAUUCUUUUAUACCAUUACAGCUAGAAACCACUUAACUUCAAUCCAACAUCAUUCUAACAUUCAUUAAUUUUGCAAUAUUUCUGUAAAUAGUCUUUAAAUUCACAGUUAAGCUUUGUAAACCAUGAUCCAUGUCUCAACUGAACCUGUGUGAAUGCUGAUAUAUUUUCAGUGGAGAAAAUUAGUUCUAGACUCUAAUCCCAAGAUAAUGUGCAAACAAACCAGUGGUGCUAAUGCACAUUUCAGUUAGUAUAACUCUUAACAUAGGAAACAGAUCACGUAGUAUUUUUUAUUUUAAGAUACCAUUGUACAAUUUUGUCUGAUAAUCAUUUCUUUUUUUCAGAACAAACCACUACUUUCCUUUAGACCAGUGGUUCUCAACCUGUGGGUCCCCAGCUGUUGUUGGACUUCAACUCCCAUCAUUCCUAGCCAGCAUGACCAGUGGUCAGGGAUGAUGGGAGUUGUAGUCCAACAAACAUCUGAGGACCCACAGGUUGAGAACCUCUGCUUUAGACCCUUCUAUUUGUGUUAUACAGUGGUACCUCUAGUUGCGGACACGAUCCGUUCCGGGGUGCCGUUCGCACCCCGAAAAGUCUGCAACUGGAGCGGCGCUUCUGCGCAAGCGUGGAGGGUGAUAGAGCGUUUCUGCGCAUGUGCGAAGCACGCAGAACGCUAGAAAGCCAGGGCUUUUUCAGCUGUGGCUCCGAUCUGGUGGAACGCUCUGCCACAAGAGACUAGGGCCCUGCGGGACUUGACAUCUUUCCGCAGGGCCUGCAAGACAGAGCUGUUCCACCUGGCCUUUGGCCAGGGCACAGCCUGACUCCCUCCUUCGGCAAUCUUCGCGGAGCUCUGGCCCAAUGGUUGCCAUUGGUUUGAUUUGAGUUAAUUUUAUAAUGAAUGAUUUUAGAGUGUUGUGUUGUGUUGUACUGUUGUACUGUUUUAUUGUUGUUAGCUGCCCUGAGCCCGGCUUCGGCUGGGGAGGGUGGGAUAUAAAUAAAAUUUAUUAUUAUUAUUAUUAUUUUGCACAUGCACAAAGCGUGCAGAACGCGUCUGCGUGUGUGUGCAGGGCGAAGCCCGGAAGUAUACACUUCUGGGUUUGCUGUGUUUGCAAGCUGAAAAGACGCACAUGAACCUAACGCAACACGAGGUGUGACUAUUUCAAAGAUGGUCUUUUUAUUGUGUCUAGUUUUGGUUACUUCUAUAUCUUAGUGUUGUUCAUUUUCCCUUAUUUUCCAGUGCUUGCCUCAGGAACUAAUUCCCAUCAACAAAACACCUGAAGAGCCUAGUGUUAGCACUGCUGCUGUGGAUUCUCAGCAUGCAGUCACCCUGCUGGUCAGUAACACGAAAGACAACAAAGAAAUUUGCAGGUCAGAGCCUUAUUUUAGUGUACUGUUCCUUGAAAUAGUUCACAGUUGCCAGCAUCUGCAAUGUCCCCAUGGCUCUGCUGUGGUUAUUUAUUUAGUGAAAUUACAGGCUUUAAUUUAGAUUUAGUGAUUUAGUGAUUUAGAUUUAGAUACAGUGACUGAACUGGAGGCCCCUCGACUGACUUCAGGUCCAGUGUUGGACCAUUUCGAUUGGAUACUCCCUACUGAUGUGGAUAGAUUCCUCCAAGUUGGUAGGCCCACCACCUGCCUCCUUGAUCCGUGCCCGUCUUGGCUGAUUAGGGAGUGUCCAGAUGUUGCGCGGACCCCCCUGGUUGAAAUUAUCAAUUUGUCCCUUGACACGGGGACAUUCCCAGGGGAACUGAAGGAAGCAGUGGUGUCCACUCUUAAAGAAAACUUCAUUAGAUCCCUUAGACCUAUCCAAUUACCGCCCAGUUUCAAAUCUUCCAUACCUGGGUAAGGUAAUUGAGAGAGCGGUUGCUGAACAGCUUGGUAGGUUUCUGGAGGAAACAUCGGCAUUAGAUCCAUUUCAGUCCGGUUUCUGUCCUGGUUUUGGGACGGAGACGGCUCUGGUUGCCCUAACAGAUGAUCUCCGUAGACAACUGGAUCAAGGCGGGUCAGGACUGCUGAUCCUUUUAGAUUUGUCAGCAGCCUUUGACAUGGUCGAUCAUGAUCUUCUGGACCACCGCCUCGCAGACGUGGGGAUACAGGGCAUAGCCCGUAACUGGUUGUGCUCUUUUAUCUCUGGUCGGGGACAGAGGGUGGCACUAGGGAGGGAAAUGUCGUCACGCCACACCUUGGUGUGUGGAGUGCCGCAGGGCGCAAUUCUCUCCCCGAUGCUUUUUAACAUCUUUAUGCGCCCCUUGCCCAGAUUAUCCAGAGCUUUGGGCUGGGCUGCCACCAAUAUGCUGAUGACACUCAGCUCUAUCUGCUGAUGGAUGGCCACACCGACUCGGCCCCGAACACACUGACCAGAUGCUUGGAAGCUGUGGCUGGAUGGUUUCGUGGGAGCCGAUUGAAACUAAAUCCUUCGAAGACAGAGGUCCUAUGGCUAGGUCGGGAUGGCAUGGGGAUGAGGGACCAACUCCCUUCUCUUGCGGGGCCCAAUUAGUGCCAUUGCCUUCCGUUAAGAGUUUGGGUGUAAUCCUUGACGCCUCCCUUUCCAUGGAGGCACAGGUUACAGCAACAGCCAAGGCGACAUUUUUCCACGUUCGCCGCAUCAAGCAGUUGGUCCCUUACCUUUCCCGCCCUGACCUGGCCACAGUGAUCCAUGCGACGGUCAUCUCCAGGCUUGACUACUGUAAUUCGCUCUAUGCGGGGCUGCCCUUGAAGCUGUCCCAGAAACUCCAGCGGGUGCAGAAUGCUGCAGCGAGGCUCCUCACGGGGUCUCUGCCAUGGGAGCAUAUUCAUCCAGUGCUUUUCAAGCUGCACUGGCUCCUGGUGGAGUACAGGGUCAGAUUUAAGGUGCUGCUUUUGACCUUUAAAGCCCUUCACGGCCUAGGACCCUCGUACCUACGGGACCGCCUCUCCCGGUAUGCCCCACGGAGAGCCUCAAGGUCCAUAAAUAACAACACCCUAGUGGUCCCAGGCCCUAAGGAAGUUAGAUUGGCUUCAACCAGAGCCAGGGCCUUUUCAACUCUGGCCCCGGCCUGGUGGAACGCUCUGCCUCACGAGACCAGGGCCCUGCAGGAUCUGAUUUCUUUCCGCAGGGCCUGUAAGACAGAGUUGUCCCGCCUGGCCUUUGGCUUGGAGCCAAUUUGAUUCCCUCCCUCCCUUUCUUUUUUCUUUUCCUUCUCCUCCUGCGAUGAGGCUACAUUUUAAUAUUUUAAUGUUCCAUUAUUUUAAUUUUGUAUUUUAUUUUUGUUUUUAAGUUGUAAUCAUUCAUCUUGUUUUUAUUAUUGCUUGUAAGCCGCUCUGAGCCCGGCCUUGGCUGGGGAGGGCGGGGUAUAAAUAAAAAAUUAUUAUUAUUAUUAUUAUUAUUAUUAUUAUUAUUUAAUGAAAGUCCAGUAAUAUACUGUAAUGUAAGCAUAGUUCCAUCAGUAACCAUUAUUGGAGAGUUUAUGUAAUUCUGCAGUAGCUGAAGCAGCAAAACCAUUAUGUGCUGAAGCAGCACAUAAGCGGCACACAAAACACUAAAAAACCAUUCUACGUUCUAAAUCUUAGGCUUAGUAAAUGAAUAGAUGCUUAAGUCAAGAAAGAACUUGGCAUAUGAAGUUGAAUGUAUGUAAAUACACCAAAAUCUUGAGGGAGAAUUUCCUGAAGAAAGAAAUUAAAUAUUAUAGCUUAAUCUAAGAAGAAAUGUAACAUAUGGACUUGAAUGUUUAUAAAUAUAUCAAAACCGUGAGAGAGAAUUUACUGAAGAAGCCUGAGACUCUUCAUGGGCGAAACAGGUGACAAACGCCGGCACCCUGUCUAACUCUUGUGCGUAACAUCACCAACACUUUGUUUGAUCCAACUUACCUUUGUUGAUAUCUACAGGAGCCUGGCUAAAGGAACCUUUAAAGACUGAAUCUUCCUUUUGGACACAAGUUGAAUGAGUUUUCUGUUUGUGGCUUCUGUAGUAGAUCUUGUACAUAGCUCUCUCAAUUUUUGCAUUAUUAACGUAAGAUUUAGAACCUAGAAUGGUUUUUUAGUGUUUUGUGUGCUGCUUAUGUGCCGCUUACUUUAUACUAGUCUACAAUGAGAAUUGGCAGCAUAGGUUCAUUUCUUCAGAAGCAGCAGAACUAGCAAAGGCAAUCUGAAUUCAUAAUGAGAGAAAAAGACGUAGGAAAUCAGCCCAGUGCUGAAGAACUUAGAUGGGAGCAUAGAUAGAAGAGACUGUAGAGGAGAAGAGUUGCAUAAUAUCAGGAAAGUGAAGAGAGGUAAGCAGAAAACAGAACUAAACCCAAAAGUUUUAGCAGAUCCUCUAAGACUCUACCCUGCUGUCAGCUAAAUGGGCACAGGUUCUAAACUGUUUGUUUUGUGUGUUCUGCAGGCCAUGGGGUGGGGAGCACAGCAGGCAUAUUUGAAGCACUGUUUCUACACAACUAGUGAUCAUUGGAUCAGCUGGCAUCAGGGUGUGUGGGGGUGUGCGUGCAUCAAGUCAUCACACAGCUACCUAUAGCAGAGUGUUAGCACACCAGAAAACAGUGGGUCAACUUUUAGGCCAUACUAACAUGUAAUUAUUUAAGUCUGGCUCUUUAAAGGUAUCAUACAUACUGCAUUGUGUUAGUGUGGUUUCAGAGGUAGUUCUAAUUUAAAAGUAACUUCCAGGAUAUUUUCCCUUUGCUGUUUGCAGGUUACAUUAUCAUUUUGGAGAAUUUGGAAACUAUUCCCUAGUGGUUGGGAAUCUCCAUGGCAGCAUCCCGAAGAUUUCAUGCAAUAUAACUGUCAAUCAGAGUCCUUCCAACAGCUACCUCCGUAUGUUGCUUUAUAUGUUUAUGGUUUUUUAAAUUUUUUUUAUUUAAUCCCAAGUAUCAAAACAUACUAAAAAACAAAAAUUGUAUAUUCUAAUUUAUACAGUGGAACCUCGUGUUACGGAUGGGAUCCGUUCCGGAGGCCCGUCCAUAACACGGAACUGAUGCAAGCUGAAGCGCCGUGUCUGUGCACGCGCACGGUGCGAUUUAGCACUUCUGCGCAUGUGCAAAGCUCGAUUUAGCAAGCAUUUGCGAGCGGCAAAACCCGGAAGUAACCCAUUCCAGUACUUCCGGGUUGUCGCGGGACGCAACAUGAAAACACGUAACCUGAAGCGGACACAAUAUGAGGUAUGACUGGAUGGAUGGAUGCCUCUGAGCAAAUUAAAGUUAAGGAAAGGGCCGUAGCACUGUGGUGGAACAUCUAGUUUAAAUGCAGAAGAUCCUAGGUUGAAACCCUGGCAUCUCCAGGUAGGGCAGCGAACGUCUGCUGUCUGAAACACUUGAGAGCCCCUGCCAGUCAGUGUAGCUUAGGAGUUCCAGAACCUUGGUCCACUGACAGUAGCUUCAUUCAGGUAGUCCAUGGCAUGUCUGCAGAAACACAAUUAAAAACCACACAGCAUCUAGCACAUCACAUUAAAAUUGCUACAAGAGGUAGACAAAUCAUUAAGUGGGCAAUCCAGGACCCUGGAUUAAAAAAACUAGGGCUCAUCUAAUAUCAGUGCCCCUGUUUGUAUGCAUAUUUUUUUUCAAUUCAGUUAAUUCAUUACAGCCUGACUAACAAGUCACUCCCCCUGCAAUCUCUAACCAGGAUCGUUUGCCCAGUUGUUGCUUUCCUGAGCAGAUAUUCCAGCCCCAGUUUGUGUUCCUGUGAGCUGUUUAUUGCAGGAAACAUCCUGAAAGAGGUGUAGCUGUAAUAUUGGAUCAUCACAGAGAGCUAGUCAGUGAGAAAAAAUCUAGCUGGAGAUGCUUCUAUGCUUGAGCAUAUCACACUUUUCCUCCUCUGUGUUUUUAUUAUGUUUUGUUUACUGUCUUGAGAUGUUAGCAAAUCUUCCAAUAAAAACUAGGCUGGGGGUGUUUUUAGUUUUCUGCAGAUAUGUGGAAUUCUGGCCCAGGAUUCUACUUUGCAAUUUGGAGUAAUUAAAACUUACUAUUUUCCUUUGUAUAGCAAUUUUUUUUGCAUUUCUCAUCUACGUGGGAUUCUUCUCUAUUCUGGCAUUGGGACAGGUUUGUGUGAAGUAAGUAAAAUGUCUUAAUAAGAUAUUCCUGUUACUUCCUUUUGAAUGUUUCUCCUGCUGGCUAAUUGAGAACAGUUCAUUUAUGCAGUCUGGGAAUAUGGCUUGUGGAGCGGUCCUCAGGCCUGUCUCAAAGAACAUUAGCUGAGAACCUGGCUCCUAAGUGCAAAAUAUAUAAUGAACAAUCAAAUUUCCCUGAAAAAUAAAGAACAGAGUAUCUCUGUUUAUUCCAAGCCUUCUUUGAACAAUGUUGUGCUGCCAUUGAUGACUGUCUAUGUGCAGCUUUUCCACCACUGCUUUUAUUACUUGCCUGGUGGAAGCACUUACCGCAAGACCUUUCUUGAUGUGUCCAGGCCUCCCUCUGCAUCACUUGCUGGGACAUUGUUACGAAAGUGUCCUGGGUGCCAGGGAUCCGGGUAACUGGGAUCCAGGGAUUCCACUAUGGAGAGCAAGAUGACUGCCCUACAUAAUUAAAGGGUCCUCUCUGGUGUUACAAAGAUGAUGAUGAUAAAAAUAAUAGUAAUAAUAAUAAUAAUAAUUUAUUUAUACCCCACCCAUCUGGCUGGGUUUCCCCAGCCACUAUGGGCAGCUUCCAACAGAACACCAAAAUACAAUAACUUAUUAAACAUUAAAAGCUUCCCUAAACAGGGCUGCCUUCAGAUGUCUUCUAAAAAUUUGGUCCUUUUGGACUGAUAUUCCAGAACAGGGAUGGAAGGCACUGUAAUCCAGUAGCUCUGUUUCUCUCUAGAUACAGUGAUGUUGCCAGAAACUGCUUCUGGAAGACAAUUGCUCUACCCCAUAGCACUUGAGCUCUGGUAUUCCACAGUGCUUUCUUUUGGGGGGGGGGGGCUGGGGGAGUCUAUGUGAAAUGUACAAGUGAGGUUAUUUAGAAAUUUGGAGUGAGGGUGCCAUCAAUAAGUUGGUGACACCCAGCUGGUGUCAACAUUCUACUAGCUGAGGUGGUGCACCAGCUUUGACACCUUGCACAGAAAUAACCUGAUCACUGUUGCCAGUGCUCUGGUAACCUCCAGAUUAGACUAUUGCAAUAUGUGGCACAUGGGUGAUGCUUUUGAAGGCUGCUUAGGAGGUUCAGUUUGUCUAGAACACAGUGGUUAACAAUGGACUGGGACUGGUCAAACAGGAAGCUUUUAAUAUUUGAUGCUAUACUGUAUUUUAAUAUUUUGUUGGAAGCUGCCCAGAGUGGCUGGGGAAGCCCAGCCAGAUGGGCGGGCUAUAAAUAAUAAUAAAAUAUUAUUAUUAUUAUUAUUGUUAUUAUUAUUAUUAUUAUUAUUACAAAUGUCACAAGUGGUUAAAUAACUUCGCUGACUGCUAGUCCACUUCAGAGCACACUUCAAAGCUCUGAAUUCAACCUUUAGACCCCUAUAUCGCUUAAGACCCAAUGACUUCCUAAUCCUACAUGAACUUGCCCAAACACAGAGGUUAUCUGCAUAUAUUUUUCUAUAUAUCUCCCCGCCUUCUGCUUUUGAGGGUGGGUUGUGGGGAAAAGAAUAUUUUUGGUGGGGGGGCAUCUUUUCCCAGAGAGCACUGACCUUUCCCUUUUAGUGUCUGGUGAAAACCUUUUUAUUAAUGAGACGUUUACAUUUUUAUUUCUUUACUUUUAUUUUCCUCUUAAGCUUGCUAAUACCACUGAUACUUUUAGACUGUUUCUGCCUUGCAUAAUUUGUUGUGUUUUUACUGUUUUAGUCGUCACUGUAAACUUCCUUCAGAUUUUCAUUGCAAAGUAAAGGACAGGUGAUCAAAUACUUUAAGUGGCUAGCUAGCUAGUUCAAUCACUGAAGGUGUUCAUAGUAAAGAAUAAAAGGGGACCUUUCUUUACUCUUAAUUCACAGCAUCGAACCAAUCAGAAACUGGCUUUACAAGAAGAUGAACCCUACAGAAACUGAUCGACUAAUUAAUUCAGUAAGUUCUUGGAAUAAUACAAAUUGUCCAUUAAAAAAAAACACUGUCAAGAAUUUGCUUUGAAGUUUGAGGGGUCAUGAAAACUUAAUCACAUUGUUUAAUAAUUCAGUUUUUUGCCUUAUAAAUUGACUGAGUUAAGGCAUGUUCACACAUGUCUGUUGAUUUCUUGAUGAGUGCAACACCAAAGUUAUUACUUCCAUUCUAGAAACCACUAUCACGGAUCAGCCAUCACCUAGCGUUACCUUAAAAGCAGUUGUUUUUCAGAGUGGCAAUGCAGUUAACUCAGACAUCAAAUGAUUGUACAUGUGUAUGAAUCAGGUCUUUUGGCUGAAAAAGAGUACCGAUUGCUUUUCUUUUUCUUUUUCUAUUUUUAAACUUUUUUUUUUUAAUUAAAGAUUUCUUGGUUUACAAAAGUAUGUGCGAUGUCUCUUUUUCCAAGUUACAUUUUCUACAGAUCAGUUUCAUUUGUUGAGACAUUAGGGUUACAUUAAGAGUACUGAUUGCUUUUAAGGGGUUUUUUGUCUGGUAAAUGUAUAUAUAGGAUUGAAGCCUGAAACUAUGCUGGCUACAAAUCACUAAUGUGACAUUAAUUUUGUUAUAGCUUUGAUAGGGGAGGGUAUUUCACUGAAAGGCUGUUUUUUUGUGUGUGUGUGUGUGUAAGGAAUGGUUUUUACCUUCCUUUAGUGUUUUUUUCUUUAUACAGGAAGCAGGGUAAGACCCAGCAUCUGAUCAAUAGCCAGCCCAAUGCGAAUAAUCAUAGCAUUAGUAGAUUCAUUGGAGUGAGUGGCCCUGUUGUGUGGAGAAAUACUUUUGUAGGUGUGGUUCUUUUCACCACAGCAGGAGCAUGAUGAGAGAGAAGCUGCAUUUUUGGAAAGGCACUGGACCCAUGUCUCAUAUUUGGAAUCUGGUAACGCUAAAGAGGAACUCUCACAAAAGACAAUAAAUAAAUAGAUGCCGAUAAACCUGUUCUAAAUGGCUUGGGCUUAUUCGAGAACAUCCACCUCAUUGUUUUAAUUUUUUCUUGUUUACUUUCUAUUCAAGGAGCUUGGAUCCCCAAGCAGAGCAGAUUCUGCUGGUGGCGAUUUGCCGGCUGGGGUAUGGAGUUCCGCUUCCUCCCUGCAGAGGCUUCGUUCCCUGGACACGUUUAGAGGGUAACUUUCAGCUCUGAAGGAUUUCAUACCAGAAAGCUUCAAAGACGUUUCUGUAAUGUGUUCGGGGAAAUUAAAACCAGUUGCUUUCAGAGUUACCGUAUUUUUUGCUCUAUAGCAAGCACUUUUUCCCCUCCAAAAAUUAAGGGGAAAUAUGUGCGCGUCCUAUGGAGCGAAUGCAGGCUCCUUGGCUUCAGCGAUAGCAACAUGAAGCCUCCGAAGCGCAGAGGGAGCGCUCCCUCCGCACUCCGGAGGCUACGCGUUGCUUUUGCUGAAGCCUGGAGAGCGAGAGGGGUCGGUGCGCACCGACCCCUCUUGCUCUCCCGGCUUCAGGGACAGCCGCCUGAAGCAUUUGGAGCGCAGCGGGAACUCGCGCUGCGCUCCGAAGACUUCGGGUUCCUUUUGCUGAAGCCGGGAGAACAAGACUCUCCUGGCUUCAUCAGAGAGGGAGAGCUGUGCAGCGCCCCUUCAGCGAAACAGGAGGAGAAAUGGAAGGGGCUCUGUUUCUCCUGCCGCUUUGCUGAAGGGGCGCUGAGCAGAGAGCGGGAGAAUUUUUUGUUCUUCCCCUCUAAAACAAGGUGCGUCCUAUGGUCAGGUGCGUCCUAUAGAGCGAAAAAUACGGUAAUGCUGUUUUCUGUGACAGUAGGGCUCAUAGAGAGGAGAAUCCAUUUGUGCUAGAUGCCAUGAGAAAUCCAGCAACCGUACAAACAGAACACUGUCUGUUUCUUAAGGGACUCAACCCAGCCACAGAUUACAUGCCGCCCCUCCCCAGUUCCUCUCAGCUCCAGCACAUGAAAGAAGGCAUGAUCUCUUGGUUCAUUCUCUAUCCCUUAACUGUGGGCUGUCCCCAAAACAUAGGAAGCCCAGGGAAAUGCUGGAAUAAAAUGGAAAACACAAACUCUGCAUUAUAACCUUCUCUUGGCAGAUGGAGAAGAGCAUUUGGUAGGAACUUUCUGCCUUCCGUAUGCAGAUUUGUUCCAUUCUCCCAUUUGUAACAGACCUGGGACCAAAAAACCGUGAUAGAUUUAUUUAGAGUCUCAGAACUUAAAGUCAGUUACAAUCACCUGCAAACCAACCACCGUAGAAGUAAUGAAACAAAAUAGUCUUCUCUUAACAAAGUACAUAGUUCAGUCGGAAGCAUGUGAGACUGUUAAAUUCAGGGUUGGGGGUUUGAGCCCCUCUCUGGGUGAUAAAUUCCUCCAUCACAUGGGGUUGGACUAGAUACUUGCCUCCUUACAAGGAGAUAAGGUUACAUCAAGAGAAGCUUCUGAAUCAUACCUUGUAGGAUUAAAUAAAUACUGUGGGUUUUUUCUGGGGGGGACCCAUACCCCUAAACAUUUUGUGAAUCUUUGUACUUUUGUCCAUUUACUGUAUUUAUUUUCCCAAUUUGAACUACAAAAUGGUGAUUUUCUUGAGUUGAAAUUAGAGUACCCCUAAACAUUUUUUUUUAGAAAAAAAGCACUGAAUAAAUACAUAAUAAUUUAGAAAUUUUCUUCUCAGACAGCGAUAGUUAACCAUUUUAAUGGUGAAAUAUGUGAGGUAGAUAAUCUUACUUUGCUUUCCCCUUUGUAGGUUGGCCCUUGUAAUUAUGGUCUUCGUCAAUUACGGUGGAGGAAAGUACUGGUUCUUCAAGCAUCAGAGCUGGAAUGGUAAAUGUUGUUCUUGACUUUCACUUCAUUCAUAGAAAUGGGUGUUGUUGUUUAGUCGUUUAGUCAUGACCGACUCUUCGUGACCCCAUGGACCAGAGCAAUCCAGGCACUCCUGUCUUCCACUGCCUCCCGCAGUUUGGUCAAGCUCAUGUUGGUAGCUUCGAGAACACUGCCCAACCAUCUCGUCCUCUGUCGUCCCCUUCUCCUUGUGCCCUCCAUCUUUCCCAACAUCAGGGUCUUUUCCAGGGAGUCUUCUCUUCUCAUGAGGUGGCCAAAGUAUUGGAGCCUCAGCUUCAGGAUCUGUCCUUCCAGUGAGCACUCAGGGCUGAUUUCCUUCAGAAUGGAUAGAAAUGGGUAGAGAGAGCCAAGCAUGCCUGAUCUGCUUUCUGGGACCAAAUACCAAAUGUCUGCAAGAGAAGCUGAGUGUGCAGGUAACAAAGCCCACGCUAGGCCACACUUGCCGAGGCCUAACUAUAGAUGGCAUGUAAAUGCACAUAGUUGAACCCCAACAACCCCCCUUUUCAGGAAAAGCUUCUUCAGGAGGGGGCAAUUUGUAGUGGAAAAACAGUGGGAGGGUGAGGGGGUAUUUAAGUCUUUACCUAUUUAUCACUUAAGGUAAAGGUAAAGGGACCCCUGACCAUUAGGUCCAGUUGUGACCGACUCUGGGGUUGCGGCGCUCAUCUCGCUUUAUUGGCCGAGGGAGCCGGCGUACAGCUUUCGGGUCAUGUGGCUAGCAUGACUAAGCCGCUUCUGGCGAACCAGAGCAGCGCAUGGAAAUGCCGUUUACCUUUCCACCGGAGCGGUCCCUAUUUAUCUACUUGCACUUUGAGGUGCUUUUGAACUGCUAGGUUGGCAGGAGCAGGGGCUGAGCAACGGGAGCUCACCCCAUUGCGGGGAUUCGAACCACCGACCUUCUGAUUGGCAAGUCCUAGGCUCUGUGGUUUAACCCACAGCGCCACCCGUGUCCCUAUCACUUAUUUGCUCUAAAUUGCUCUUCUUGAAGUGUUUUUAUCCUACGCUUGGAGGGAAAGCACACAUUCAUAGCCAUGCGGGAAGAAAAGCAGUGGUGUGUUGUGUGUGUGUGUGUGUGUGUGUGAAUUGGAGCAGAGAAUAAAAGGUUGGAACGAGUUACGGCUUGCCUGCCCAUUCUACUUCUCCACUACAAAGUCCCUCUUCCUCUAUUGGCUUUUCCUAAAAAGAAGAAAAGUGUUGUUUGAGCUUCGUUACACGCAUUUUGCUUGGAACAUUUAGUUAAACUCUCAGUUGCACAUAUUUUAGCAAGGGAAGAAAGUUAUUGAUAUGUUUUAGGUCUAAACAUUUGGUGGACCCAGGGACAAAGAAUUAUGAAGCGUUAAAAUCAAGAUGUGGGAAAUAUGGAAACGAGGAGGAGAAGCAGGACUAAGAUGUGGAGAUAUGCUUCAGAGAUCGUGAGGAGCUCCGAGAAAUUAAUAAAUACAAUUUGGACUAUAAUUUGAUCUUUUUAUUUUAGUUUUUUAUUUCAAUUGAAGUAUUAUGAUUGGAUAUAUUAAUUGGAUGUUUUUUUAUUGGAAAAUCAAUAAAAAUGGUUUAAAUAAAUAAAUAAACAUUUGGUUUCUACCUAGAGACUAACUACUAGUUGACCUUUUAUUAUGAAGUUUAAUUAAUUUCUCAUUUUCUCUUUAUAGGACUAACCGUAGCAGACCUUGUCUUUCCAUGGUAAUUCAUCCUGGUUGUUAUUAUGACUUCACAGAAGUCAGGGAAGUUUAUUCAGAAGAGACCCAUCUGGGGUUUUCUUUUACUGUAUGUCAGUUGGAUCAAACUUGUUUUGUCCUGGAUUCUCAACAGGUUCAAUCGUCACAAUUGUUUUUUAGAAUUACUGUAGUUUUUCUCACUCUUGUAAUUUUAAAGUAAAAAAGCACAAAUAACAGCAUGAAAUCUUUUUUUUUUUUUUAUGUUAACAUCUUUAUUGGGACAGGGAACCAUUCACAAGAAACACAGAUAUAUCUGUACAAUUUGAGGGUAUUUAACACACAUUUAAGUUCUAAUCUUCACUGGCUGUAAUUGUUGAAUGGCAAUGAGAUGUAAUUGUUGCAUCUCAUUGCCAUUCAACUCCCACCUUACAAUUUUCCCUUUAAUAUAAUUUCCACCUAAGAUUUCAUUUCAUGCAUCUGACAAAAGUGGACUUUAAAUCAACCAAAGCUAAUCUUUUAAGUUGCCGUAAGAAUGUUGCUUUUGCUGCAAUUUACCAACAUGGUUACUUCUCGAGAUAUUUUUUUAGACAAAAAAUCAGUUUUAAUAUAUUGUCACCCCUGAGAACUUAAAUGACAUACGAGGGGAAAGGGUGGUAGAGGAGAGGGAAAUUAAUUAAAGUUUUAGUUCUUGUAACACACUUGAAAACCAAAGCUUCCAUGGGUGUAGCCAGGGUGUCAACUGCCCCCCAUCAAAUAAAUAAAUAAAAAUAGUUUACUGACCAAUUGCUUCACAGAUAACUCAGUUCUGCCCCCCCCCCCCAAAUAAAUCCUGGCUACGCCCAUGAACCCUUCCCUACAAAAACCACUCCUGUCCCAUCAAAGUUGAAGCAAAGCAGGUGAACAUGUUCAGGGGAGGGCUGCUCCUGCCUGUCAUCCAGUUGUCUCAGACAGCUGAAAUGUUUCUAUCAACAGCUAUUUGCAGAAAAUAAAAUAAAAUAAUUAAGACAUAAGCAAAUGGUUAAACGGUCACCAAGUCGAGUUUUUUCUUCCUCUAGCUCCCAUAUUUCCUUUGUGCAUAGUAACUAGCUCAUAUUUCUUGUUCAAUAUAAAAGUGUCAGAAUUUUUGAGCAGCUAUCUAUCUAUCCUCCUAAUGGCCAUGAGGAUUUUACACCACCUCAACAGCAUGAAAUCUUAAAUCUUCCUGAAACAGGGUGUCCAAAAAUGAAUUAGCUGAUGUUUACAAAUCAGUUUUGAAAUCCUGAAAAGACAGACAGAUUCCUGCCAUACACCUAUAUACCGAUUUUCACUUUACAUGUUGUGCUUGUCUAUAAAUUCAAUAUAUAGCCCUUGGAAACAGUUACCAUGAAGAGACUGAGUUCUCAUGUUUGAGGGUGUAUGCUUGGAGUGAUGCGGCUCUGUUUUGUUCAUAAAAUUCAGGGAGACUAAUUUUGCCUUUUUACAGCUCCAAUUGGCAGAACCAUGGCAUUAUUUAUGAACACCGAUCGCCUUUACCAGUUUCUCAACAUUAAUAAAAACUGAUUUGGUUUGGGCUUUUUAAAAAACAAAUUAAAAACCGGAGUACAGAAGACAGACAGCCUGCCUGAAAAUUGGGAGCUGCCAUAUAUCCAACAGAAUUCAGUUUUCUGUUUAAUAUGUAUGCCAAUAGGCAACACAUGAGUGGGCUCACCUUAUAUAAGAGAAAAAGAUUCAAAGUCCUGUUUUAAAGACUGCCCGCACCUUGAAUAUAUUUUUAGUGCUUCUGCCUUCCUCAGUCAUACCCCCCACCCCACAAAAUAAGACCCUGAAUUUUCCAGUGACAGUCUUCCCCAACUGUAGGUCCUCAGAUGUUCCUGGACUACAACUCCCAUCAUCACCACCAUCCAGCGUGGCCUAUGCUCAGGGGUGAUGGGUGUUGUAGUCCAACAGUGGCUAGAGAUAGCUGGUCUAUGACAUAUGAAGGGCUCUUGGGGGAAAUAUGAGGACAGAAGCCCAGGCCCGUGUCAGUAGUAGUAAUAAUAAUAAUAAUAAUAAUAAUAAUAAUUUUUAUUUAUACCCCGCCCUCCCCAGCCAAGGCUGGGCUCAGGGCGGCUAACAAGCAAUAAUAAAAAUAAGUUGAAUGAAUACAACUUAAAAACAAAAUUAAAAUGCAACAUUAAAAUAUUGAAGCAUUAAAAUACUAAAAUGUAGCCUCAUCGCAGGAGGAAAAAGGAAAAGAAAAAAGAAAGAGGGGGAGGGAAUCAAAUUGGCUCCAAGCCAAAGGCCAGGCGGAACAACUCUGUCUUACAGGCCCUGCGGAAAGAAAUCAGAUCCCGCAGGGCCCUGGUCUCAUGAGACAGAAUGUUCCACCAGACCGGAGCCAGUGUUGAAAAGGCCCUGGAUCUGGUUGAGGCUAAUCUAACUUCCUUAGGGCCCAGGACCACUAGGGUGUUGCUAUUUAUGAACCUUGAGGCUCUCCGUGGGACAUAGCAGGAGAGGUGGUCCCGUAGGUACGAGGGUCCUAGGCCAUGAAGGGCUUUAAAGGUCAAAAGCAGCACCUUAAAUCUGACCCUGUACUCCACCGGGAGCCAGUGCAGCUGAAAAAGUGCUGGGUGAAUAUGCUCCCAUGGCAGAGACCCCGUGAGGAGCCUCGCUGCAGCAUUCUGCACCCGCUGGAGUUUCUGGGACAGCUUCAAGGGCAGCCCUGCGUAGAGCGAAUGAGGGUGGAUACCUUUUCAUUAUUUGUGGAUUCCUCUCCCACCAUUGCCUUCACCACAUCUGUUAGUGAAGGGCUCCCCAAAUCCCCUGCUCUUUGGACGACAUGCUUGUUAGAUCUGCCUUGAGCAGGCAUGAUUUUUUCCCCCCCUCUUCCUCUUGCCUCUCUAGGUUUGUGUUCAUCAUGGGCACCUCCAUUUCACUGUCGCUGAGUUCCAUGUUGAGAAGGGGCCGUUCCAAAUGGCAGCUGCUGGGGAAAGUCCUGUGGAGAAGCAUCCUCUUGUUUUUAAUAGGGGUCAUAGUUGUGAACCCAAAUUACGGCCUUGGGCCAUGUAAGUGUUGAGAGAUUUGCUUAUUUUCAUGCUGACUACAAAAUGUGCCGCUUCACUUUUACAGAGCUUCCCCUUGUGUUGCUUGCUUCCGCCUUAAUCUCUGUGGCAAAUCCCAUUAGAGUUGUAACGCUACUUCCCCACCCACCCCAUAUAUUAGAUGGGAUGAAAUGAUCCCAGAAGAAAUGAAGCCUUCUCAAGCUCCCACACAGUUCAAAGGAUAAUUUUCUAGUCUGACUUCCUGAAAGGUAGCGCUGAAGACUAGGGGCCCUCAGACCUAAAGGAUUGCAGAAACAAGAGAGUGAGGCCCUUUGUCUGAAUUUUUAUUUAGUGAAUAGAAUUUCAGACUUUAUAAUACAGUGGUACCGCGGGUUAAGUACUUAAUUCGUUCCGGAGGUCCAUUCUUAACCUGAAACUGUUCUUAACCUGAAGCACCACUUUAGCUAAUGGGGCCUCCUGCUGCUGCCGUGCUGCUAGAGCACGAUUUCUGUUCUCAUCCUGAAGCAAAGUUCUUAACCCGAGGCAAUAUUUCUGGGUUAGCGGAGUCUAUAACCUGAAGCGUAUGUAACCUGAAGCGUAUGUAACCUGAAGUACCACUGUAGUAGAAUACAGUACUGAAAAACUCAGCUUAACAUAUAGCAGUCCUCACAAGUGCAUAAUGUUAUUUAAGCUGGUAGGCUAAAUGACAGAGAAGCCCCUUAGAAGGAAUGUAUUUUUCCAGAGUGCCCCUUGGCUGAGAGAAAGCCAGACUGUGCAGCUUAGUAGCAUAAGGCAGUACAGAACUGGGUUGUCCAGAGGUUAUCAUAGGAUUAGACUCAGUCCCAGUUACUUCUGCAGUAAAUAUUCUGAGCACAAUUAAGGCGCCGAUUAAAAUAAGCAGCUGAAACAUCUUAAUAUGAAACUACCAUCUGCAACAGCAUGUAUUGUCUUCGCAUCAGAUCCAGAUUUGAAUCAGUUAGCUCCCUAAUAAUGCAGGACUUACUUUUACAUUGCUUUUUAUGCCUUCUGCAGUGUCCUGGGACAACCUCCGAAUUCCAGGUGUGCUUCAGAGACUAGGCUGCACAUACCUUGUGGUUGCUGUGCUUGAGCUCCUCUUUGCCACACCUGUGCCUGAGAACAGUGCUCUGGUAAGUGAAUGGCCGAACAGCUGGAUCUGAACAUAGGGGGUGAACAGAAGGAUGCUUUGGUCACAAUUGCCUGCAGCAGCGCAGUCGUAGUCUUAACUGAGGAAAGCUGAAAUGGCUCCAGAAGUAGAACCCUUGCUGUGCAUACAUUCUUCUUAAUGAGUGCUGUUAAAAAGUUACAUGAAGCACUGGACAAGAAAUAGAAGAUAAGGUUCAUAGGAACAUAAAAUAAGAAGCAGCAAGGUGAUACUAAAACCUAAACUCAGUACCCAAUGAAAUAUAAUGCUACCUAUGUAAAACAGCAGGACACAGGUGGUGCUGUAGGUUAAACCACAGAGCCUAGGACUUGCCGAUCAGAAGGUCGGCGGUUCGAAUCCCCGCGAUGGGGUGAGCUCCCGUUGCUCGGUCCCUGCUCCUGCCAACCUAGCAGUUCAAAAGCACGUCAAAGUGCAAGUAGAUAAAUAGGUACCGCUCCGUCGGGAAGGUAAACGGCGUUUCCGUGCGCUGCUCUGGUUUGCCAGAAGCUGCAUAGUCCUGCUGUACGCCGGCUCCCUCGGCCAAUAAAGCGAGAUGAGCGCCGCAGUCCCAGAGUCGGUCACGACUGGACCUAACGGUCAGGGGUCCUUUUACCUUUUUAUGUCAAACAGCACCCAUAAGAGGAUGUGGCAUGUAGAAGGAAAUUGUCUUUCAGCAAUAGCAGAAAUAAGCUGCACCUUCAUUCACUGCUCAGACACAGUUUGUGGUCCUAUAAAGGUGGAAGGGCAUUUAAUUUUGUAACUUGUUCUCUUUUUUUGCAACUUGUGCAGUGUCCCCUUUUUAUUGUUGUAUUUCUCUCCCACCCAUAAAUUAAAGCAAAUAAACAUAAAAGCAGCUAUACUUUAAUCAGUAGUGCCAACCAAGAAAAAUAAAGCCUUUUGCUGACAUUAUGAGGUGGUAAUCCACCUGCUUAAAGCCUAGAUCCAAUACCUAAAAUAGAAUAAAGAAAAAUAUCAUAUGAUGAAAUUAGAGCCUGUAGAAAAUGUUUGGGGGAGGGGUCACUUAACAAAGGCAUAGGAAAAAACAAGCCAGGAUGCUUUUAAAUAGCCGAGCAGUUGUGAUUAGUGGUGGUGCUUGUUCUUGAAGGCAUGUCAUCUGUUGGGUUACUCAGUCAAAAUUUACUUUUUCUUCUGUGUUUCAACAGGAAGCUCCAUACUCUGCUCUCCAAGAUAUUCUUCCAUAUUGGCCCCAGUGGCUUUUCAUGAUGGCGCUUGAAGCAGUUUGGCUGUGCCUCACCUUCCUGUUAAACGUACCUGGGUGUCCAACGUCAGUCAAAGCUUAGAUCUUUUUUUCUCUUUGUUUGCUUUUCUAAGUGUGGUCUUUUCCAGAUAUCUAGAGAACUGGUUUCAUUAGGACACCAGGUCACCCACAUUUUGGUGUCUGACAUUUGGAAAUCCUGAUGACAUCUUCCUUCUCCCCCACCCUGCCCCCAAUUGACUUGGAGGCAGAACUUGCUAUGACAUUUUCACCUGCAAGCCUGUUUGAAAUUAAUAGAAGUUGUGCAGUAGCACUACUAGGUCCUUGGGCAGCCUCUGCUGAUUUUAGCAGGGCUUAUGUAGGGGAAUUUCCUGGUACGGGGUGGGGUGAAUAGUGCCCACAGCUCAAUUCUGCCUAUCUCCAAUUCUGCCAUUCUUCAUCUACUACCUGUGGCAGUCACUUCAGGGUCGCUGCUCUUCUGUCAGGACCUCUGUGUGGAAAUGCUGAAGUUUGGUGGACAAGCAACACUAGUGGUUGCUGGCUCCAGGAUUUGUGCCCUCAGUGCCUUUCCCAAGGACCCACAAAUCCUGGAGACAGCGACCAGCAGAACGUCACGCUGCCUGUGACAUUCUUGGGUGCUCCAUGCAAAGUGAGAAUAGCAGCCAAGGUGGGUGGUGGGCUGUUUUCCAGGUGUGGGGUCCCAGCAAAUGCCUUGCCACUCUGAUAACCUGACAACUCAGGAUGCUGAUUUCCAGCCACACUAGAGUUCCCCAGAGUGCUGAACAAAAGGAGAGAAUUGUCUCUUUUCCAAUAACUCAUCUCAGGCCACUUCUGACCAUGUGGCUCACUUCCUUUUUUUCCCCUUCUAGAGGUUACCUUGGCCCUGGAGGCAUUGGAAGUUUUGGAAUGUACCCCAACUGUACUGGAGGAGCAGCUGCUUAUAUUGAUCAAUUGCUUUUAGGAGAAAAACACAUCUACCAACAUCCAUCUUCUAACGUAAGUGGUUGAAGCUUCUCGUGCACCCAUCGGCCAUCUCCAAAAUGAAUAGAUUAUCAGUGGCCUGCUUAAUUUUUUUUUAUCAUCUGGUUAUUCUUAAGAACAAAGUUACAUGGCAAAAUGUGGUGUGUAUUUUUUUAGUUCCUCAGCUCUUUAAUGCAGCUACCAGCUAUUUGGCGCUGCUUUACUUAGAAGAGAGGUCAGGGUUCCCUUUACCUUUACUUAGAACAGGUGCUGGGUUUAUAAUUUACAGAAAUGCAGUAUUAUUUUUAGUGGCAGAAGACAUGGCAUGAAAACACACAUCUGACAUCAGCUGAGGAGAUAAGCUUCACUCCAUUCAAAUAUGGAAUCAUGUUCUAUAAAUGGUUGCUCAAACGAAAUCAGCACCCUGUACGUUAAUUGUAGUAGCUUUAUAGCCGCACACUCCAGGAUUAGUCAAAUUUCACUCAUGCCAAAAAAUGAAGCAAGGACCAGGAGCAAAUCUCACUAAGGUCGUUUAUGCGGCCAAAUUCUUUACUGCAGUGAUGCCCCAUAGCCAAGAAUGCACAAGUGAGGCUUCAUAGCCAAGCCAAUACUGUUCAACAGGUUGUUGCUAUCACUACAGCAAUAUUGCAACCAUAUCAGUAACUCCAGUGAACCGACUUUUGGUUUCUUCAGUUGCUAUUCCAUCUCUGAAUUUCUGUGAAUGAGAUCAGUAAGGGGUGGGGGUGGGUUCUCAGUGCAAGUGUUACUUUCAAAGUGCAGAGAGUAAGUGCACAGGCCCCAGACUUUCCCCUAAUCUCACAGAGGGAUUUGGGGACAGAAGUAACAUGCAAGCAGACGUUUCUGAACAUUGAACAGUGAUUCCAGUGCUAAACCCAAAUUGCAACUGAGGAGAAUAAAUACCAGAAUAGUAUGUGGAAAAGGUAAGACAAAAAAGGAGACUCUAGCUUAAGCAGACUUGUAAGACUAGAAUAACAUGCACAUUUCCACAUACACACACAUAGCUGAUAAAUCAUAUUCUGAUUAAUUUUAAGGAAACUCAAGAGACACAAAAUAUGGGGACAUAGAAUUAUCGGACAUACAUAGCUAAGAGCAGUUAUGAACUCUCAACAUACGCAGACAAGAGAAAAACAACUGAAUCUUCAGCAGGAAAUAUGCUUAAGUUACAGAUUUCAACAGGAAAUGUGCUUAGGAUAUUUGGCAUGCCAGUCUGAAAAACAUCUAAAUUAAGAAAUGCGGAACCUAAUGCAGGGAGCCUUUAUACUGUGUUUGGAAACCAAAUUUGCUUAGCUUGUCUGGAACAAGCAAGGCAAGGAACUGGAUGAGUAGGGCGUGUCAUUUUAGGGGGUCAAACUUAAUUUUUGCAAAUUUCUUCAGUGAGGUGUCUUAAAAAAGCGUUUUUGGAUGUGAGGAAUUCAAAUGUGCUAUAAUUUUUGUGAUUGAACAACAUCUAGCUUGGUAAGUUUACAUUUGAUGAAGCAGCACAUAAACUGUUUUGGGAAAACCAAAUAAUUUUAAUUUUUUCUUCUGAAAAUGUCAGGUAAUGCAUAAAAUAAUAAUUAUAAUUAUAAUAUAACUGCAAGUACUUGGCAAUCAUUUUUAAUGAUUUCUAUGCAAUUUUACACACUUUUUACUUACCAAGCAAAACUAAAUUAUAUUAACCAAUAACUUUGUAUGUGUUGCUUUUUAUUUUAUGUUUGUUCCAGUUGUACCUUAAUAAAAACUAAAAAUAAUUCAAAUUUCUCUGAUCUAUCACUGCUUAGUUCAGAUGGCAAGGAAGGAUCCAGUAGACCCCAGGUAUACACUUUGAAGCAGGGAUACCACCACCUUGUCUAGAGAAUUGGGACCAUGUUAUAAAACACCUCGCAGAAAGUCUGCCAGCCUUUCAUAGUGUGCACUUCUUCAUUUAUAGGUUCUUUACCUGACGACAGUAGCCUUUGACCCUGAAGGAAUUUUGGGAACCAUCAAUUCUGUUGUCAUGGCAUUUUUCGGACUUCAGGUAGGAUACCUUAUUGUCCCAUUUAGGCAGGAAAGCUGUAUGGCAUAUUACUGUAAAACGCAGGUGUUGUAGUGAUGAAGUUCCUUCUCUACAGAGCAUAACAGCCCAAACCUAUAAACUUGUAGGGCGUACGAAUGGCUAUCCCAGAACAUCUCUCCAUAAUAUAGUCUUGCAGAUAUGACGCAGUGUUCAGUACCAUGGACGAUUGUCCCAGGAUAGAAACAGAAAGAAUCCAUCUCAAAGAGGACAAACAAACAAGAAGGGGGGUUAGAGAUUUUGCAUAGAUAUUUUGAAGCACUAUUAUUAUGUAAGACGUGGGGAGAAUGUUUGCAUCAAUAUCUUGGAAAAUCUGCAGAAUUACUGAAUUCUACUUUAGAUUUUGGUUGUAGUGCUCUUGUCACCAUUGCCCGCCCCCCCAAAUUUCAGUUAGUUAGUCCCUUUCCCUAUUUAAACCCAUUCUAGGCAAGGCCAAUGUGAGAGAGCCAGUGUGGUGUAGUGGUUAAGAGUGGUAGUCUCGUAAUCUGGGGAACUGGGUUCGCGUCUCCGCUCCUCCACAUGCAGCUGCUGGGUGACCUUGGGCCAGUCACACUUCUUUGAAGUCUCUCAGCCCCACUCACCUCACAGAGUGUUUGUGUGGGGGAGGAAGGGAAAAGGAGAAUGUUAGCCGCUUUGAGACUCCUUCGGGUAGUGAUAAAGCGGGAUAUCAAAUCCAAACUCCUCUUCUUUUCUUCAAUGUUCAUGUUUCCAACAUUUAUUUAUUUUUUUACUUCUAAGGCAGGAAAAAUUCUCAUGUUCUACAAAGACCAGCACAGACAAAUAAUGCUCCGUUUCUGUGUGUGGAGUAUAGUCAUGGUAAGUCUCAAAUGCUGUAUUAAUACAAUUCAAGUCACAAAUACCGAAUUAAUUGAAUUCAAAGUGUUUCCUUCCCAGUCCUUUUAAAGCUUUUUUUUCUUCUGAAGAAUUUAGUUCAGAAUAAUCCUCUGUUGAGUAUCUUUUUCUGGGAAUACCUGUUUCAAAACCCAUCAAACCUCAUUUUUUAUUGCUGCCUAAUAAAAAAGCAAACCUAUAAUUCAGUACAGAGUUAAGGCCCAAAGGCAAUGUUGGACAAUGGUCUAUAUAUCAGUAGUAGUAAAGAGCACGAAUAUAUGGAUGUUUCCCCCAGUGGAGGGGAGUAAGAAAAGGGGUUCCACUAGGAUUUGUUUUGAGACUGGUGCUCUUUAACAUGCCCACAAAUGACCUGAAGUUAGAAGUAAGCAGUUCGGGUGACCAAGUUUGCUGGCAGCACCAAUUUACUCAUGGUAGAUAAAACAAUAAUAAAUUGUGAAGGAUUCCAAUCUCUCUAAACUGAAUGUGUGACAAAGUGACAAAUACAGUGGAACCUCGUGUUACGGACGGGAUCUGUUCCGGAGGCCCGUCUGUAACACGGAACUGACGCAAGCCGAACGCUGCGUCUGCGCGUGGCGCGAUUUAGCGCUUCUGCGCAUGCGCAAGCGGCAAAACCCAGCAGUAACCCAUUCCGGUACAGUGGUACCUCGGGUUACAUACGCUUCAGGUUACAGACUCCACUAACCCAGAAAUAGUACCUCGGGUUAAGAACUUUGCUUCAGGAUGAGAACAGAAAUCGUGCUGCAGUGGCAGCGGGAGGCCCCAUUAGCUAAAGUGGCGCUUCAGGUUAAGAACAGUUUCAGGUUAAGAACGGACCUCCGGAAUGAAUUAAGUACUUAACCCGAGGUACCACUGUACUUCCGGGUUGCUGCAGGACGCAACACGAAAACAAAUAACCUGAAGCGGACACAACAUGAGGUAUGACUGUAUGGUUCAAUGUGAGUAAGUGUAGAAUGAUGCACAAUUGGAGCAAAAAAUCCUAAAUUCACAUAUACACUGAUGGAGUCUUAGCUGGAGGGUCCGGCUGACUAUGUGGAUAUCUCUGUAAAAAUACUGACCCAGCAUGUCAUAGCUGUGAAAAAAGAAAUAUAUGCUAGGGAGCAUCAGGAAAGGGAUUGAAGAAUAAAUAUGUCAAUAUCUGAAUUCCUUUGUACAGAUUUAUGGUGCAACUACACCUGGAAUACUGUGCUUCGUUCAUUUGUUUUAAGUCACUUUGGAAGUUUAUUAAAAUGAAGGGUAGCAAUUUCAGUACAGAAUAGUUCUGAUCUGGGAUGAUAUGCUUUCUUUCAUCCUUCUCCGUUAGAUUGCUUUGGCUGCUUUUAGUGUCAGGAUUCUUUUUUUACAGUUAAUAAACAGAAAAUUACCUGUUUUUCAGGGUGUUAUUUCUGCUGUAUUGACCAAAGGCACAAAAGACCAAGGCUUUAUUCCUGUCAACAAGAAUUUAUGGUGAGUAGAAUAAAAAGUCGCUUCAAUGCUGUAUGGUAGCAUUUGCUAGACAUUUCCUGAAUGGCUGUUUUGAAAUUCCUGCAGGUCCAUUUCAUACGUGACAACACUGAGCUGUUUUGCCUUUGUGCUUCUGCUGUUAGUGUACUAUCUUGUAGAUGUGAAGAAGGUGUGGUCAGGUGCUCCCUUUUUCUAUCCAGGUAAGUGUGCUUUAAAGGAAAUUGUUCUUAUUUGAACUAAGUAAAUACAGAAAUGGAAGGGGAAAGCAUGAAUACCCUGUCGGGUUUCUUUUUAAAACAGUGUGGUUUCCAAUUUAUUCCAUCUAAAAUCCUUGCUUGGUUUCUAAACAAUUCUGAAUUAAUUUUGGGAGUCUGCAAAAUCAGUUUUCUACCCAGAUUUAGUAUUUUCAGAUUAGACAUUUGCCAUGGUUGCCCCACCCCCCUUCAAUAUGUAGUGGUUUGCUGGUUGCACCCAUCAGUCACUGAACACACUCACCACUGCCUAUAGCAGGGAGUAGGCCUAGCGGUUGCUAAGCAACUGCCUCAUCUCCCUCAAAUCAGCAAAGCAUCCCUGUUCAGACAUGUGGUGGAAGCAGAAGUUCUUGUGGCAAGACCAACAAGCACAGAGUAAGUCCCUGGGAUGAAGGCCAAUCUAAAUGAUACGCAUCAGUAGGAAAGUCUGCUUAAGCCUCUCUGUUCUAGUCAUUCACUCAAAAUCAUCAUCUCUAGUCAGCUUCUCUAAGCAAGGGGGGAAACAGAGCCAUAUUCAUCCUCCUGUAGGAUGAGAAAGCAGAUGAAGUAUGUGCGAUUUUGAGCAGAAACCUGCUACUCUUCUACUCCCCGUCACAAGUUUCUGAUACUGCUUUUAAGUUUGCUUGGUUUAAAAAAAAUGGUGGGAGAUGGUUCUCACAACUGUCUAGUUUGACCCUGAAUAAACUGACAAACCAAGAAAAAUUAGGGAAAGGAUAAAAAUGUGAGUCUCGUGAAACCCUAAUGGCAAUCCUUUUGGGAGUCUCCUCCUCCCAUUUGCGAGAUAAGAACGUCAGGAUAUUGGGGAGAGACAGGCAGGUGUUUGAAUGGAAAACAUUUCAUCUAAUUGGGCCAUGAGACUCAGUGGUGGCAGUGUAGUAAAGAGAAAUGAGGGGAAACACAGAGCACAGACUGCAGGUUCAGGCAGCAGCCCAGAGUUCUUCUAUGCUACACACUGAUAAAACAUUUUUCAGCCUUGUUUGUCACUAAAACAUGGUGUCAAGAGCAGAAGACUACACAGAUAUGCCCCUAAAGCAUGUUCUUUUGCUCAACUCCACUCUUGAGUUUGGCAGCAACAGCCUACAUCACUUUUAUCUCAGGUCCAAAAUGCCAGCAGUUGUGCUUUGUAGCUUACCAAGUCCUGUCAUGCAGUAUGGCUGUAACAUGCAAUUUUUCUGAUGGCAUUCUUGGUCUCUUUCACAGGUAUGAACUCCAUUCUCGUCUACGUUGGGCAUGAAGUAUUUGAAAACUACUUUCCUUUUAAGUGGAAGAUGCAGGAUAAUCAAUCCCAUAGUGAACACUUGGCUCAGAACCUAACGGCUACAUCUUUAUGGGUUAUCAUAGCAUAUAUACUCUACAGGAAGAGAAUAUUCUGGAAAAUCUAACUGAAGAAGCCAAAGGAACUUGUGGUAUAAGAAUACUGGAUUAAUUACUCCCAACAUAUUGAUGUUACUUUUUUUAAAGAAAGGGAUCGUGUGUUUUGUUUACAUUCCAGGUCAUCUCGAAGAGACUUGCAUAUUUAAAAUUUGCUGACCGACUUGCCAUUUAGCUAAAUCAAGGCUUCUACAUAUUUAGUGUAUCAUUCCAUUUCUAACUCGACACACUGAACAGCUUUUAAAAGCUGAGCAAUUUGAAAGGACUUUCACAAGCUGAUAGUCGCUCUGUUACAUGCGUGGUUCAUAUGAAGACGCAGAAGAAAAUAAAAAAUAUUUUUUAAGAGACUGUUACCAUGCCAAACAACUGUGCCUGAGACUGGCAGAAGUCAACCAGGAACCUUUUCAUCUGCAUGCUGUUGCUGUUUGUGGGACAUUACUCAAAAUGAUAAGAGUGGAAUGAGAGAGUGUCAUUAAUAAGUUCUGGAAGCUCCAGCAUGGCUCCAUCCCAAGAUAGACCUGACUAGGCCAAACCAAUGAGCUCAGCCGUGCCUUUUCGACUCGCUAGCUUCCUUCAUCCUGAUCGCCUCAGAAAAAAACUGACCGUAAUUCCACCCAGAGUUAUAGAUUCUUUGCUGCAUGACACCUUGAGCUAAUGACCAUUCAUUCUUCCCUCUUCCAAGAUGCACAAAUGGGGAUUGUAGGAUCAUAGAACUGUAGAGUUGGAAGGGGCUCCAGGAGUCUGAGAGUUUAAGGCUGAAACCCAGCACCUUUUAUCAAAAACUUAACUUUCAAAUGCAUUUUAAAAAAACCUUUUUAUUUACAGUACACAGCUCAAAGGUUUUACUGAAUGGUGCUUGAAGUUUUGGUGGUAUGAACCACCCAUUGAGACUUUAGUUAACCAUGCUCAACUAGCACUCAUUCAGCAAGCUGAGCUAUGGAUUUCAGGGGAAUUCCAGUCCGGCAUCAAGGCAACCACAUGGCUCUCUACUCUGCUUGCCUGUCCUUAGCAAGAUGUUCCAGUAGAAAGUUCAUGGUACUCAGGUCAGCGUCUGAAGGAGCAAGAUCUUCUCGUUGAUGCAGAAUCUGUGCAACACGGUCAUCAGAUUUUCCCCACAGCGCGACACUUGGCGCUCCAUUGCCAGGCGGAAAUCCUCCUUUACGCCUUUGGUUAUUCCCCUGGUAACUGUGUGAUGCCUGCAAUUAUAAUACACAAAAUAAUUAAAACGGCAUGGAGCUACCAUUUCCAUUUAAAUAUUUUUGCAUUCUGUGUGGGUUUUUGUGGAACCUAGCUUCCCAGCUUAGCCUUUCUAAGAACAUUCAUUAAGAAAAAAAAGUCCUGUUCUCCAGGAAUGCCAUACUUUUAUCACAAAAUUAUACAACAAAUCUCCGCCUGAUUUUUAAACCUCUGGGCAACACCCUAGCAAGGGAGAUUCAAGGAUUUUUCAUGUAUAAAAGAACAACUGCUACGAAUGGUAUUUUCAUGUUGGUGUGUCAAAUAGUGAAAGAACCAACACAAGGUGCUUUGCCAGCGUAAGUUGUUCGCCCAAGGCAAGGUAAAAACAGAUUAAGAAAUGAGCAUCAUGCAAUUGCAGAAAGUUGGAGAUGUUAGCAACUAAUCUGAUCCCUGCCCAAAGACUAACUCUCUCUCGGAGAAAUUCAUUUGAAGCCCAGUAAGGCCAGAGAAAUCAACUGUCCCAUUAUUAUUGGUCAUAACACUAAGCUUCUUUAACAAAUACUACUACAGCCCCGAGAGCUGCAAAACUGCCCCAUCAGCAUAUGAGAAUGGAAUUUGCUCCCCCUGCUGCUGCAACUGACCCACUAAUUUUCAAGCAAUUUGGGAGGGAAGGGGAAGAUGUGCCUUCCACGGCUAUUAAAACAAGCAAAAAGGGUUCAUUCCAUGGAUUGGGAAUCAGGAUGUCAAUAAGAGAAGGAACUGUUAGAGCCUAACAGCUACACAUCUACUAAACACUGCUACAGCUUGCCUUGUGCUAAGUAGGACAUUGCAGAGACUUCCAAAAUAAGAAUGGGACACAGGCAGCAGGCAGGACUUGUAUAUCACCUAAACUUAUAUGUUAUUGUGACAAUCUUUACCCAAAAUCCAAUACACACUACCCCACAACAAGUGGAUAUAAGUGUGUGCACCCCCUGAAAAAGAUGGCUUCAUUAAGUAAAUUCAUCUAACUAGAUUGAAAAUAACUUUAACCCCUGCACACCUUGCAGCAUAAUCCUGACCAUGUCUACUCAGAAGUAAGUCCUAUUGAAUGAGACUUGCUCCCCCCCCAAAAACCUAGUAUUUUAAACGGUAUUACGCCCUGCUUUUUCAGUGCUUCCAUCUUGCCCAAGCAACGUUUUGAGAGGUGGGGACUAACUUCCUAUUCCUGUGCAAACUGCAGACAGAAAACGGCCAACAUAUUUUUGCAGUACUGAAGGAUUAUUAGCAGAAAUGUGCAUAGGAUGGAAUUUUUAACUGCUGAUGGCCAAAAAAAUCCAGAUCUUAGAGGCAAAGAAAACAGAAGCAAGCAAGUACAGGUGAGGGUAAAAGGCAAGAGAACCUAGCAGCAUAAUUAACAUAUUUAACAAUUGGGAGGGGCUUCUUUACCCAAAUUGGAGUAUUUGAAUAAAAUAACAGACUGGACUGUCCACAAAAAUCUACCUGGGGCACCAUUCUUGUUUGGUUGUAGAGAGACCCAUUUAAAAAUAGAGUAACAUACAUGUGCCGGUAACUUAUGGAAAAACAACAAAAAUGUUAACAACUGUAAAAAGAUGGCUUUCCAAGUGAUGUAAGGCACAAAUGGAGAACAAAAGCAUGGAUAAAAACUACUGAGUUAACAAAGGGCUGAUAACCAUGGGCAGUAAAACAUAUUGACAAAAAAGACAGCACACUAUGAGCAGGGUAAGUCCCCUGCUUGGUACCUGUCAGCAGUCUGCAUGCUGGGCUGUAGUACAGGCAUGAAUUCCUGCUGCAGUAACCCCAGCGGAGGGCUAGAAGUCCUUUAAAAAACAGCAAACAGCAGCAUUCAAAUACUCACACCAACUUCCCCUGUGCUACAAAAAUCAACGCUCCAGAGAACUAGACACAGAAAAGAGGAAAGGGGCUGCAGACCAAGAGCCCAAACCCUAGUCCUGAAGGCACACAAUGGAUCUUUCGUUUGGGAUUAGGAAAGCAAAACAAACUAAAUCCAGUAGGCUUGGGGCUCCCAAAUGCAGUAUUGGAGAAGCCACUGCAAGUUAAAAAACAAAAAACCAACGGCAUAAUAUGAACUACAUAAUAUGUUGUAUUUACAAAGAAUUGCGAACUGUGGCAAAAUAAUUCCUGCAUUAUGUUCCUCUGCGGAUGUAGCAACAUUUUAGCCUGGAGUCCCAGCAAAUGCUUAUGCACGUUAAAGUGAAUAAUAAAGUCCUGCUAUCCCCUUCUUCUUUGCAAAGCCUCCCAGGGAGGACCAGAGAAGCAGCAGUGGGUGUUUAUUCCUUUCCUUUGGUAGUCUUUUCUCCACACACAGGUCUGCAACUGUGGGGAGGGGAGACGUGGUAGUUUUUGGAGAAAAUGGACUGGAAAAGAAAUGGUUAAAGAUUUUCUGGCUAGGGGAGAAGCAUCCUUACGCACAACUGCAUUGGGGAAUUUACUUUGGCCAUGGGUCCAUAAGCAGCAAUUGGGUUUGUUCUGCUAUAAAGCCCCAGGGAUCGCUUUUUGCAAACAUAUAUUUAAAUUUAAAUAGAGUACAUACUCUGGGCGCAUUAACUGUUACAGGAUGCCACUUAAGUUUUGCUGUUCGUUUUGGUUUUCACAACUUAAGGUACAGACGAGAGCAGCUCCCAUAUUUGGCUUAUUGAAUCCUUUUCCAGCUUAAGUGUUAAUGUUACAAAGCAAAAAGCUACAGUAACUUCAAGGAGAUGCAAGUCAAGCAGAUAAAAGAUUGAGAGAUGCCUCAAAGUAAGGGGGGGGGGGAUUUGGCCCAAAUGGUUGUAUUUGGUGCAUUUUAAUCAAGAAGAAAAUAUAUUUCCCACAAUCAUUUAAACUAACCAAAGGGGAAUUAUCCAAAGGCCUCCAGAGAUGGGGCAACUAAGCUUUUUGUAAAGGCAGAGGGAAAGGGUGGGGAGUGCGCAGAGUGUCUCCCUGACGGGAUGAGCUUGCAAUUCUGGUGAGCCUCUUAAAACACCAGCAGCAAACAUGAAUCAGAACCACAAGUUAGCCUGCUUUCUUCUUCAUCCAAUAUAUAAUUAGAUUAAGUUGGCGGGAUGUGCUUUGAUAGACAUUUCAGAAUCUUUUCCAUUCUGCUUCACUACAGAUGCGCUGCCAACCCCCGAUAAUUCAUGGAAGAUAAAAGAACAAAAUCAGCUUUAUUUCAACAUAAAUUUGACCUAAGGGGAAUGCCGUUGCUAUAGCCCUGCGGACAAUCAGGAAAUUAGACCCGCAUGAAGUUCCCUUGUGGUCAGCAGACACACAAGGAAUAACUUGUUUCAGCUGAAGGGACAGCUGGCAGAAUUUUAUGCCCUUCUGGAGAGGGGAACUCUGGUUCUCAGAAUAUAACAGCAGGGCCACUUCCUCAAAUCCAAAUGCCUGGCACAAAAGCUUCAACAAAGAUCAGAUCCAGCCCGAGGUAACAGGCUGCAACUGAAAAGUGCAGAGGCAGAAGGAACUCAAUGGAGUCAGAAACUGUCCUAUUCUAGGGCAACUACUCAUGUGAUCACGAUCCACCCCAGAACAUGGAUCUGGGUGGGUUAGUCUGCUAGCCAGAAGGGAACCCAUAGUAAGCCCAAAUUAGUCAACAAGGGAUGUGAAAAGCCAUGCUGGAACCUCAGGUCAGGACAACUAUACAGUGUUACCUCUAGUUACGAACUUAAUUCGUUCCGGAGGUCCGUUCUUAACCUGAAACUCUUCUUAACUAGAGGCGUGCUUUCGCUAAUGGGGCCUCUUGCUGCCGCUGGCACAUAAUUUCCGUUCUCAUCCUGGGGCAAAGUUCUCAACUCGAGUUAACUCUUCCAGGUUAGCGGAGUUUGUAACCUGAAGCGUUUGUAACCUGAGGUGUUUGUAACUCGAGGUACCACUGUACCUUGGCUACACAGAACCUGCUACCAAAAGGCAGCAUCAGAGGCAAAGGCAUCUAUCCAAUAAAGUAAAGGUAAAGGGACCCCUGACCGUUAGGUCCAGUCGUAGCCGACUCUGGGAUUGCGGCGCUCAUCUCACUUUAUUGGCCGAGGGAGCUGGCGUACAGCUUCCGGGUCAUGUGGCCAGCAUGACUAAGCCGCUUCUGGCAAACCAGAGCAGCGCUCAGAAACACCAUUUACCUUCCUGCUGGAGCGGUACCUAUUUAUCUACUUGCACUUUGACGUGCUUUCGAACUGCUAGCUUGGCAGGAGCAGGGACCGAGCAACAGGAGCUCACCCCGUCGCGGGGAUUCGAACCGCCGACCUUCUGAUCGGCAAGCCCUAGGCUCUGUGGUUUAACCCACAGCACAGGUUGCUGUCACCUCGUUAGCUUCCAGAAGGGAACUGGUGCUCAAGGUGGGUGGUGUAGCUGUGCUAGGGACGGAGCAGGCAACAUUAUUCACUGGCAGAGAAAGACUGAUCUGUACCCAUUCAGUUAUCUCUCUAAUACUUGAUCUGGCAAUUUUAACCCCCGGGAUCUGGGUUUGAGACAGUCAGAAUGUCAUGUGUACAUUUGGCAUGACGUUUCCGUGACACAUAUUUCUUCUUGGGAUAGAAGAGAUGGGGAGAAGUUUGGCAGAAUUGACUCCUGACUCCGGUGAUAAAGACAGAGUGCAAGUCUUCUGUGUCUUGCUCCCGAGGACAUCCUCUUCUAGCGUAACGGGAUGGACUGUGACAGGUCCC